AUGGUUGACACGGAUGUGAUACUCGAAUGUGAUAAGCCGUUGGAUGAGCAGAACUUCCACUUUCGAGACCGCUGUUUAUUUUGCCCAGAGGACUAUCGUCAGGAAUAUGCAAUCAAAUGUGCCGCCUGUGGAACUCCAGUGGAAGGAGACGUAGUCACUGCUCUGGGCAGUACCUUCCACACUUUCUGUCUUCGGUGUUUCUCUUGCAACCCUAACCCAAAUCCUUCUUGA